AUGAAAAUCUGCUUACCUAUAAAAUUUAAUGAAACUACAAGUGAUAAAUUUUGGAUUUCUAUAAAAUCAGAAUACCCAGAAUUGUCAAAAGUAGCUGUAUCAACACUUCUGCCAUUUGCAACCACUUACCUUUGUGAAACGGCGUUUUCAGCUCUUACAGUUAUAAAAAACAAAUAUCGGACAAAAUUAAACUUAGAAUCAGAUCUAAGAGUUGCAGUCUCUAAUAUAAAACCUAAUAUGGAAACAAUCAUUUCAAAAGCUCAAGCUCAAGUAUCCCAUUAA